AUUCCCUUGAAUUUUGGGUAUUCUUGAGCGUGCGUGUAUACUUAGACUUCUAUCUAUUGUUAUCGCAUUAUUUCAUUUUCAAGUAUGAAUCCUCACGCCUCAGAGCCCCCGCAGGAGCUGCCUUGCAAUUGGCUCCCCCCAACCAACUCUAACUCACAAAUAUGACCAGCAGAUCAAAAGCCGAAGCGUCAUGUUGACCUCCUCCAACUUUUCCCGGGCCGCGGUGCGCUCGAUGGCCAGCUUGACACGCGCUGUGUCCUCCAACUCCCCCGCAGCUGCCGCGGCUUUUGCUGCCCGCUCCCCCGCUGCGUUCAGUAGCCGACGUCUUUUGGCCUCCAAUAGCCGGGUCAUGCAGCAGUUCCCCCGCCUUCAGUCCUUAAACUCUACCUCUUCCAAGCGCGCCUUCGGCACCACCGUCAGAAUGGUGAGUCUCCCUUGUUCGCUAUCGAUGAGCUACGAGAAAUACGAUAAUAAAUCACGACGACGCUUUGCUGCGCAAUCCCCUACUCGUCGUUCUCGGAGCUUCUAUCCCGCACAACAAUUUGAUUCGAUGCAUAGGCGUGCAUGCUGACCGACCAUGGCUCUUCAGUCCUCUGCCACUCGUACCGAAACCGAUGCCUUCGGUGAAAUCCAGGUCCCCGCGGACAAGUAUUGGGGUGCCCAGACCCAGCGGUAAGAGCUUCGUCAUUAUUGCUCUCAUCUUCAUGCGAAGUUAUACGCCGUGGGAGUGGGGAACGAACAGUGACUGACAGGGGGAUAGUUCUCUGGGUAACUUCGACAUCAA